AUGGAGGGGGGGGGGGCCCCCCUGGAUGUGGAGGGGCUGCGGAGAAGUGUGGAGAAGGCUUUUGCUGCUGUGGCGCUGCGGGAGGCCCUGGAAGCCGUGCUGCAGGGCGUGAGGGACUUGAACAAGUUUGUGACAGUUGCUGCUCCUUGGAGUUGCGGAGAAGUGGAAAGGAGGGAAGAAAUAAUCCGCGUGGGGCUGGAGUGUAUGUACACCCUGGCCCACUUCCUAGAACCCUUCCUGCCCCAGGCCAUGGCACUUCUUUUCCAACAACUCAACACCAAACCCAAGUUGCUGCAGCAGCUCUCGCCUUGGCUGGAGAACCUCGAGCCCGGCACGCAGCUCAAGCCCGCAGACAAGGUCCUCUUCGCGCUGCUGCAGCUCCCAGACCAGCAGCAGCAGCAGCAGCAGCAGCAGCAGCAGCAGCAGCAGCAGCAGGGGGAGGGGGUGGGGGGCGCCAGCAGCAGCAAGGACUCCCAGACCACCUCCGACACCCCCACUUCCCGCAGGGACGCGGGGCUCUGA